AGAGUCUUGGGCCUAAGAACAUCUAGAACAUUAUGGUUCUUUGCUUUCGGCUCAAAAACCAUAUGAAUGCACCGCGUGCACAGUUGCCAACUGGUCCUUACCCGUGUCAAAUCUCAGUCUGACCGAUCCAAUGCAUGUCCAUCCGCUGGCCGUUGUGCCGCUGCUGCUGAACCUGCUGGCCGUCUCGUCGGCGAUCCGAGCAAUAGAGGAUGAUCUCGAUGAGGAGGCACCGUUUGACCUGGAGCGGCACCUGGCUUUCAACGCUACAAGUAUGGCAGAGGAGACAAGGGACGAGGAGCUGCCUCAGCCGUGGAAGGAGCGUUUGAGCAAGGUGCGCAAGCUGGGCUCAGGAAGUUUCGGCACUGUUUAUCAGUUGCGCGUGACCUGUGACGAGAGCGAAGACCAGUUUGCCUCUCUCAAAGCGAUGGCGAAGAAAACGGCUGCCUACAAAGAGGUCAAGAACAUGCGCCGAAUGAAAGGCGCAAACUACGUCAUCUCUACGGUUGGAAAGCCGGAUUAUGUGGAGACAGAGGACACCAUGUAUAUUUUAAUGCCCUUUCUGAAUGGAGGCGAUUUGUUCGACUUGAUGGAGAAGUGUGUGCUGACCAAGGGGUGCCGUUGUGGGAAAGGCAUGUGCUGGGACAAGCUGGGCCCUCCCUAUAGCAAUACAUACGUUUUGGCGCUCUUCUACCAGGCGACUUUGGGUGUGCAAGAGAUUCACAGCAAGGGCCUUGUUCACAUGGACAUCAAAACGGAGAACAUCAUGAUGAAUUGCGUGAACAACAAGUGCUCCGCGCAGGUUAUCGAUUUGGGCGUCGCGGGACCCACCGGGCAAUGUUGGCCGUCCGGAACGCCGGGAUACAUGGCGCCCGAAGUAUGGAAACUUUUUGGAAGUGGCCAGCCUCAGAAUGACAUCUUCUCGCUGGGUGUGGUCCUCUAUCAGCUGGUCUAUGGCAAGCAGCCUCCUUUCUUCAGUGAUCCUCAUGGCGAUUUGACCAUGCAGUAUGAUCCUGCCAAGGACGAGGUCCUGCCACAAGGGGGUCCGGAACAAACUGAGCUGGACCGUUUGGUCAUUGGCAUGUUGAAUCCUGACUUUAAGAGUCGGAUUGGCACACCUGAGAUCUUGCAGCGCUUGAUGGGAUACAUGCAAACCAUGCCAGACUUCACUAGCGCCGCGCGGUGGAAGAGUCGAAACCGCCGCGCGCGAGACCAGCCGCCAUGUCGUUCACUUGCUUUAGAUGGUUUUGGGGAUGGAGAGGGGGGUGACACGAGUGCAUAGGACAGUCCUGUUGGCAUAAACUGUUGGGCAGGGGAUGGCGCACCCGAAAUACAUGUAGCAACUUUUUCCUGGGUUCGUUUUUUUCUUCGUCCGAGUGCAGGAGGUCAUUGAGAUGGUGAGCCUCACACCACAGGCGCGUGGAGAGGAGCCCUUGCCCAAAUGCCUUUGGAAUUGGGACCGGCCCCUGCGGGACAUCGGCGACCAGAAGUUCACUCGAGAAGAUUGCGGCGACGAUUCGACGGAACGUGAGACGAAGGAGAAGGACUCGUCCAAUAAGGCUUGCCAAUGCCAUGUGCUGCGCAAGGGGCAGAUUGUCCAAGAGCACUUCAAUGCACCAGAAUGCCUUUGAGUGGCUGAGGGUUUGAUGUAGCAUUUGACCAUCCUGAAGAUGGAAACUAGCGGGCACAUGCGGGCACAGCCUCAGAUCGUGUAGAAAUGCUGAACAAAAAGCAUCAUGGAAGAUGGGAGGCCUUUUCUUCAUAUGUGGCACAACUGGGCUUUUCUGUGAG